AUGAACAACGAGGAUCUUCGACAGGUUGUGGACGCAAAUUCAAGGACAACAUGCCAAGAACUUGCAGAAAUGUUCAUAAUGCCACGUAAAAAAGUUCGGAAAACCACGAAAGCUUCUUGGACCGCUGAUACAUUAGAAAAUGCAGUCAAUAUCCUCAGAGCAGGAGACAUUUCGGUGUACCGAAAGCAAGAAGACCACAAUCAGAAACAAAAGGGCCAAAAAAGGCAAAAAAAUGUGUUUAAUAGUGAUGAUGAAGAUUCACCUGAUGAUCAAAUUGACGAACGUACAAUUUGCGACGACGAGUCAGAAUACUCAGAAGAGGAAACUUUAUGUGCAAUUUGCUUAGACACGGGAAAAAGUGGAGAGAUGUGGUACCGAUGCAGAAGUUGCAGAAACUGGGCUCAUGAAAAAUGCUCUGGAAGAGAUAGUCCAGCUUCUUAUAUUUGUACCUUUUGUUUGGAUACGUAA